UAAUGUGGAUUGGCGAAGCAAGCACGCAGUAUCUUAGUGCUUUCCCAGAUUUGAUGUAGUGUGUAUCAUAGUUAUCGAUUAUUAUUUAUUGAGUAAAAAAAAAAAAAAAAAAAAAAAAAAAAAAUUGUUUCUUAUAUAAUAAAUAUCAAUUUUCUUCAUUAUGACAGAAAAUCGUAAAGAAAUAAGAGUGUGGUGUGAUGGAUGUUAUGAUAUGGUACAUUUUGGCCAUGCGAAUUCUUUGCGUCAAGCGAAAGCAUUAGGUGAUUAUUUAGUUGUGGGUGUACAUACAGAUGAAGAAAUUACUAAACAUAAAGGACCACCAGUAUUUAUGGAACAAGAAAGAUAUAAAAUGGUUCGUGGUAUUAAGUGGGUAGAUGAAGUAGUUGAAGGAGCACCUUAUGUUACAACUCUGGAAACAUUAGACAAAUAUAAUUGUGAUUUUUGUGUUCAUGGUGAUGAUAUUACUAUGACAGCAGAUGGUGUAGAUACGUAUCAUUUGGUUAAAGCAGCAGGUCGCUACAGAGAAGUUCAGAGAACAGCUGGUGUAUCAACAACUGAUUUAGUAGGACGUAUGCUUUUAAUGACACGACAACAUUUUAAACAAGGAGAUAGUGAAUAUAGUGUUGAUAGAGAACCCAGUAAAAGCAUGGGUCAAGACAGAACAGCUCGAAGUCCUUGGACAGGUUGUUCACAAUUUUUACCUACUACACAAAAAAUUAUUCAAUUUAGUGAUGGAAAAAGUCCACAACCUGGAGACAAAAUAGUUUAUGUAGCAGGAGCAUUUGAUCUUUUUCAUGUUGGUCAUUUAGAUUUCUUAGAAGUUGCAAAAAAAGAAGGUGAUUAUCUUAUAGUUGGACUUCAUACAGAUCCAGUAGUUAAUCGGUACAAAUAUGGUAAUCAUCCAAUUAUGAAUCUUCAUGAAAGAGUACUUAGUGUAUUAGCAUGCAAGUAUGUUAAUGAAGUAGUAAUUGGAGCACCAUAUGAAGUUACUAAAGAUCUUAUGGAACAUUUUGAUGUAUCUAUUGUUUGUCAUGGUCAAACUCCUAUCAUGCCUUGUGAAGAUGGUUCAGAUCCAUAUGUUGAACCUAAAAGACAAAAUAAAUUUAAAUUGUUGGAUAGUGGUAAUGAUAUGACAACAGAAAAAAUUGUUGAGCGUAUAAUUCUUCACAGGUUGGAAUUUGAAGAUAGAAACUUAAAGAAAGAAAAAAAAGAGUUAGCAGCUUAUGAAGCCUUUAUAAAAUCCCAGAAAAAAGAAAGAACUGAAUAAUUUUUUCUGUAUAUGCAGAGUGUGUGAUAAUUAUAUUUUAUGAUAUAUAUAUUUGUAAAUAUGAUAUCACACUAAUAUUUAAAUUAUUUAAUUCUAUUUGGAUAUACAUUUAUAAUUAUACUAAAUAUUUAAAAUAUUAAUAUAUAAUACAAGUAUAUAUUAAUAUUUUAUAAAAAUAUUAUUUUUCAUUCCCAAUGAUUUAAUGAUAAAAAAAAAAUACAACGAUAAAUGUAUACAAAAUUGUGAAUAUUUGUAUAUUCAAAUAUUUUUAAUUAAAAACAUUUAGAAAAUUUUAUUUUAUGUUGCGAUAUUUAAUUAUGCAUAUAUAUAUAUAUAUCUGAUAUAAUAAUAUCAUU